AUUGCAGACGGGUCAAGCGCGCUCCGUGCCCGACAUGCCGCCCGACAUUUAACAGGCUUUAUAUAUACAUUCCAUGCGCCCGGACCCUCUACUACUAUGUUCUAUUGUAACGCGCCCAACGCAAACACGCCCGCCUACGGCCUGCACUGCCACGAACAAGUAGGCCGCACCUCGUUAUCGCGCGCCCCUCCACCUCCACCACACGCCGUAUUUCGUUAUCGCGCACUCGUCGCCGCCUGGCCUACACCCACCACCCGCUCUCGACCUCGACGACCGCCCAUGCGCUCGCAGCGCGCGUGGCACGCGACACUCAAUCCGACGACGGCACAUGCGCCUGAGGCCCCUCGCGAUACAACGAUCCCGGCGCCUUCGGCGCGCGUUUCGGUCAACACCAAACGCGGCGCGAGCUCGAUCAUAACGGCCUCGAAUGGUCGAUCUCCACCACCACCUCCUGCUCGACUUUUCGAGUCUUUUCGACCGGCUCUCCGCUCCGCCUACCGGUGCUCGAAACACUACGCGCUGCUUGCGCAUCGGCGCGCACUUACUCUCGGCAUACGCAACACUAGGCACGCGACGGGAUUGGACGAUAGGGACGAGUUGUAGGGUGUAAAAGGACAACUCGUAUGUAGUUCUCGAGGAGAUACGGCCCCCAAAUCGCAUAUCGUUACCCGCUCUCGUCUCCGUCCGACUCCGUCUCUGAGUGCGUAUCCGUUCCGCGCACGCUUCUCUGUCGUCUCCGCCUCGCCCACGUCCGCUUUACACACAUCUAUUUCCCCUAUUCCUACCUACUCUAUCUACCCAUUCGGCAGCCGCUGAACCCGCCUCUUGGCCUCGCGCACAUAUCUUUCAUUUUGGAUUCGGCCUAGCCCACCCGCCGGUCUGCACUACACUAUAUCGUCAAUACCGGGACAUGGUUUGGCGGGGACGAAAUUGGUUGACAUUGCGCACUGCGUCAGGGUAUAUCCAAGUGGUAAACGAACCCGGCAGCGGUCAAAGUUCUCCGUGCGGGAGCCCGCCAAAAAAGGCAGCGCGUAAAAGCUCCACCCCACUUCGCCCGUGCAGCAAUUACGUACGAUCUUAUACUUCCUCGACGUGGGUUCAUGCAACCUAUGAGGCGAAUGGUUGGACUCGUUAGCGCC